AUGACUGAUCUAACAAAACCAUAUGAAAAACUAUUGCAAAAACGCGACAAUCUUGUCCGUGCCAUCUUGACUCAUGAAACGAAAAUAAAAGGCGGUGUCACCCCCACGGCAGCCGCUACACGGUUAACUCAACUGGAUAGUUCAUUCGAAAAAUACAAAGAAUUAUGGGAAAAACUGGAAGAAGAAGAUGAAUUUGACUUGAAUCAUUUUGAGGUAGACAAUGAGGUGAUAACAGAAGCGUACAUAAAUACUGUUUCAAUGAUAAAAUCAAUAAUCAAAGAUCACUCGCAAAAUGAAAUAAUGUCAUUGAGUUCAACGUUAGCCGGCCGCGGUAAUCAUAGCGUCCCAGAAAUAAAAUUACCCACAAUUUCCAUUCCGAAAUUCGAUGGCAAAGAUUUGGAAUGGACCACAUUCUACGACACUUUCUCUUCUUUAGUCGAUCAAAACCCGAAUAUACCAAAAAUAAGCAAAAUGCAUUACUUGCGCGAUAGUCUAAAGGGGGAAGCGUUUCAAGCAAUUUGCAAACUCCCAGCUUCUGAGGCAAAUUAUGACAUCGCAUGGAAAAUGCUGUUAGAACAGUACCAUAAUACGCGUGCAAUUGUGAACGAUUGCUUGAAAUCAUUCGUUUUUCAAGAGCAAAUUCAACAUCGUAAUGCGAGCAGCAUUCGUAAAUUGAUCGACACAACGAAAACAUCUUUACAAUGCAUUGAAUCACUCGACGUGAGCAUUGAGGAGUGGGAUCCGUUUAUCGUGUACAUCUUGCAAACUAAGUUAGAUAAAGAAACAGCAAUUGAUUGGGAAAAGAAAUUGGGAGGUUCGAAAGAAAUUCCAACAUAUGUUACUAUGCUUGAUUUCCUUGAAACGCAACAUCGAAUAAUGAAAACGCCGGCAGGAUUGCCUUGUAGCUCCCAACCCACAACACAGAAAAUACAUUCCACAAUGAUUGGCAAAAAGAAAGAUGUGUGUGAAGUCUGCAAGGGCGAGCAUUACGUGCUGUUCUGUGACACGUUCAACGCAUGGACUGUCACCCAAAGAAAACAAUUCGUCAUAGAAAAAAGACUUUGCGCCGUGUGCAUGAAAAAACAUGAAGUUAACCAGUGUAAAUCCAAGUUUCGUUGCAAAAAAUGCAAUGGUCUUCACAGCACAAAACUACACGAAGAUGUCGCAACAACAAGCCAACGCGUAAGCGCUGUGAAUGAUCUGUCGAUGCCCAAUCAAAAACUAUUGGCAACAGCCAUUGUGAAAGUGCAAGACAAAUUCGGAAUUUAUCAUUUAUUCCGCGCGUUGAUCGAUCAAGGGUCACAGGGAAUUGUUGUGUCCGAAAAAGCUGUUCAAGUACUGAGUCUUCCUCGAAAAAAAACAAAUGUGCCAUUGCUCGGAAUUGAUGAUAAGCCACUCGGAAAAGCGACAAAAUCAAUACGAAUUCAAGUGCAAUCUGCGGUAAAUAGUGACUUCGUCAUAUCAAUGGAAGCACUGAUAAUGCGCUCGAUCAUGUCAGUCGGCCCACAAUUUGAAAAGCACAACGAAUGGAAACAUUUGAACGGUUUACAACUAGCAGAUCCUGAAUUUAUGCAGGCAAAUGCAGUUGACAUUCUGUUUGGUGUGGACAUUUACGGCAUUAUUGUUGAAAAUGGUUUGAAAAAGGGCAAAUUGCAUGAACCAGUAGCACAAAAUUCGUCGUUUGGCUGGCUUGUAUUCGGUGCUGCAUGCAAAGCAAAAGAAUACAGCGUUCGCAUUCAUACAACUCGCUUGGCAAACACAAACAACAACGACGAAAAUGAAGAUUUAAAUGUGGCAUUGAAACGCUUCUGGGAGAGUGAAGAAGUGAAUUUGAAGCCAAUCAUGACUGAGGAACAUGAGAAAUGUGUAACAUUGUGCAAAGAAACGACGGUUCGAUUGCCAAGCGGCCAAAUCCAAGUAUCUCUGCCAUUUAACAUGGAUCGAAAUGAUGAGAAUCUUCUCGGCGACUCCCGAAAAAUGGCAUUACGUAGAUUUUUUAACUUGGAAAGAAAAUUUGAAAAAGAUCCAACUUACUACGAACGAUAUAAGGCCGAUAUGUUGAACUAUCUUGCAUGCAAUCACAUGAGCUUAAGCAGAUCGCCACAUAAUGUUGGUUACUACGUACCACAUCACGCCGUAACUCGAGAAGAAAGCACCACAACGAAACAGCGUACUGUCUACGACGCUUCAGCGAAAACUUCAAACGGGUUUUCCUUAAACGAUCGUUGUCUGAAUGGCCCGACCAUACAGCCAGAACUUUUCGAUACGUUCAUUCGUUGGCGUACAAAUGAAAUUGCCUUGGUUGCCGACGUGGAAAAAAUGUAUCGUCAAGUCUCGCUCGCCCCGGAAGAUCGAAAAUACCAAAAGAUUCUUUGGAGAUUUUCGAAAGAAGAACCAAUCCAAACCUAUGAAAUAAACUGCGUAAUGUUUGGUAGCAAAUCCGCUCCGUUCUUGGCAAUCAAUGCAACCUUUUAUCUCGCUGAUUGUGAAAAAGAUAAUUUUCCAAGAGCCGCUGAAUGUGUAAAAACGUGUUUGUAUGUCGAUGAUUGUAUGAGCGGCAGUCACUCAGUCAAAUCAGCAAUUGAAUUACAACGUGAAUUAAAUGGGUUGUUCAAAUCCGGCCACAUGCACCUUCGCAAAUGGGCAUCAAACAAUGAAUCAGCGCUAGAAGGCAUUCCAGCUGAAGACCGAGCAAUCAGCUCAUCAUUAACACUGAAAACAAGCGAAACCGUUAAAACGCUUGGCAUGAAAUGGACACCUGCAUCUGACUUAUUGAACUUCACAAUCGAUAUGUCACGUUUGUCAUCUGAUCCCCGAGUUACAAAGCGAAAAUUGGUAUCAGAUGCUUCAAAACUCUACGAUCCGUGCGGAUUGUUAGCUCCACUUACAAUCAAGGCAAAAAUUUUGAUGCAACAAACCUUCAAAGAAAAGAUUGCUUGGGACGAUCUUGUGAGUGCUGCAAUUCAAGCUGAAUGGAAUCAAUAUAAAGAAGAAUUGCCCUUGAUCAAACAGCUAAAAAUCGAUCGUUGGUUUAAAAUUGAACAAAAUUCUCAAGUGAAAAUUCAUGGGUUUUGUGACGCUUCAAAUGAUGCAUUUGCUGCGAAUGUUUACGUUGUGCAAACUUCCAACGAUAAAACAACAUCGUCUCUCGUAUGUGCAAAAACAAGAGUCGCUCCAAUCGAGCCGGUAUGCACUCCUCGUCUGGAACUGUGUGGGGCAGUUUUGCUUGCAAAUCUAAUGUCACGAAUUCAAGAAAAUUUGCAGAUACAAAAAGAACAUGUGCAUUUAUGGACAGAUUCGUCAGCGGUUUGGCAUUGGAUUCAGAAUCAUCCAUCCCGCUUCCAAGUUUACGUUGCACAUCGCGUUCAUGAAAUCCAAAAACUGUUUCCCGCAAACCAUUGGAAACAUGUGCGUACUCACGAGAAUCCCGCUGAUCUCGCCUCGCGCGGUGUUUCUGCACGCCAAUUAUUGAACAAUUCGCUAUGGUUUUCAGGCCCAAAUUGGCUCACUUUGGAUGAAACUCAGUGGCCAAAAAUCAAUUUGUCAUUGCCAUCAGAGAUAAAUUUGGAAGAAAAACGCACUCGAAUCAAUGUUGCUACUGUUACAUCAAGUCCGUGCGAAAUGAACUUCUUGCUACGAUUCUCAAGCCUUCUUCGGUUGCUUCGCGUCACUACACGCCUGUUUCGAUGUGCAAGACGUCACAGAAAGGAAGAUGUUUCAUCUUUGCCCGAAUAUGUAACGCCUGAUGAAUUAAAUGAAGCCAAACUCGAGUGGGUUAAAUACAUUCAAGCAUUGCACUUUGGCAAGGAAAUUCACGAUUUACGAAAAAAUGGAAUCGUCGAUGAAAAGAGUUCACUACGUUCACUUAAUCCACAACUUGACGAAAGCGGAAUAUUGAUUGUCAACGGUCGAUUACGGUAUGCUCAGCUACCGGAAAGACAAAGACACCCAAUGAUUUUGCCGGCGAAUAGUCAUUUUACGCGGUUAGUGAUCAAUCGAGCUCAUGCAACAACAUUGCACGGCACUAUUCAUCUAACAUUGGCCCGAGCUCGCCAAGAAUUUUGGAUUUUGAACGGUCGAAAUCUUGUAAAAUCGUUUGUCCACAAAUGCGUUGUAUGUUUUCGACAAAAACCCAGAGCCAUGAAUCAAUUAAUGGCACCAUUGCCAGCUAUCAAAACAGCUCCGUCUCGCGCAUUCUUACAUUGUGGGCUCGAUUUCGCUGGGCCAAUUCAAAUAAAGAGCUCAAAUAAACGCAAUGCAAUAACCGAAAAAGGUUACAUUUGUGUCUUCGUUUGCAUGGCUUCAAAGGCAGCCCAUUUGGAGCUUGUCGGAGAUUUAAGCACACAAAAAUUCAUCUUAGCCAUUCGUCGAAUGAUGGCUCGCCGUGGAAUGAUUUCUGAGGUUUAUUGCGAUAGAGGCACGAAUUUUCAAGGCGCAAACAAUGAGUUGCCUCGUCUCUUUUUGGACGCCAAGGCCACAACAUCAAAAGAUAUCGCUCAACUAUUCGCUUCUGACGGCAUUCGAUUUCAUUUUAAUCCUCCAAGCGCACCGAACUGGGGUGGACAAUGGGAAUCGUUUGUCAAGCUAACUAAGCAUCAUUUACGCCGAAUGACGACCGCUACUAAUUUAACCUUUGAAGAAAUGACGACGCUUCUAACUCAAAUUGAAGCCUGUCUAAACUCACGGCCUCUGAGUGCUAUAACGACAGACAUAAAUGAUUUGGAACCUCUCACGCCCGGUCAUUUGUUAAUUGGCGCUCCUCUCAAUUUAAUUCCGGAGCCGAGCCUACUAUCGUUGAAAGAUAAUUCACUCGACCGGUUUCAAGCCAUACAAAAGGGGUUACAAACCUUUUGGAAGCGAUUUUAUGAAGAAUACCUGCACACCCAACACCCCAGAAAGAAAUGGUACAAGCCAAAUGAAGAUGUCAACUGUGGCGACCUCGUGAUCAUCAUCGAAGAUAACCUACCACCAGCGAAAUGGAUGAUGGCGCGGAUCAUCGAGCUACACACUGGCGCGGACGGCUACGUGAGAAUGGCAACG